AAUAAAAUGCAUUUGAAAAAUUAAAAAAAAGGGGUAUUUGACAAAGGAGUUAUUGCCCUUUGUAAGACUCUCUAGUAGCAACAGUGAAAGGAGGUGAAAACAAUAUUACUUGUAAACAUGUCGGCUGGAGUUCAUUUUUACAGUAUUUUCAAGAUUUAACAUGGUUAACUUUAUGUCUUUUGACACAAUAUCAUGCAGUGCAGCUUUCUUGGGAGAGGUGAAAUUGAUUGUUCUGAAGACAUUAAUGAACUUGUGAAUUUCAGUAUUGAACAAGUUCAUGUUAUUUUGUCAGAAGUGGGUCUUAAGCCGUGCAUUGCAUUUGCUAAAUACAAUGACUACCGAAUAUGCACUAGUCAUUUUAACUUUUAUCUGAAAUUAAAUACGAAGAGAUCAAGAAGGAAGCUUUGCCAAAUCCCCAGCCUUCUUAGUUCCCAUCCACAUAUUGAUCACACCAGUGAAGAUGGACUUAGAUCUCUCUCAAGUAGAACACAUAUGAAAUGUGCCAGCAGGGGUUUAAAGGAGAGCGAUAUCAUUCAUUUGACUGGUCAAGCUGGUAUAACACUACCUGUAAAUACGCCAUGCUGCACCAUGUGUUUAAAGAAAAUAAGAGAAGAACACGAAGAAGGGGAAGAUCAUUUGUCCAACAAGGAGUGUUCAGCAUCAGUCAAGGACAAGCUACGAAUGCAAGUACAUGAAAAGAUAGAAGAUGAGACCAGCAUUAACAUGCACGGGUGUUUCCAUUCAGAAACAAGGGAGCAACCAAGUGAUAAGGAUCCCUUAUUCCAUUCAGGAUGUAAAGAGACACCUGAAACAGUUAUGGAAGAUAUCCUCACUCAGACUUCCUUGGAAAGUAGCAUGACUCAGAGUUCCAUUGAAAGUGACAUGGGAUGCCUUUCUCAGAACUCAAGCCAGAGUUUCACCUUAAGUCAUGAAAUUCAACACCUGAAUGCAUAUUUGAGGAGAAUUGGUGAAAGGGAAUUUUCAGAGGAUAGGAAAUACCAGUGGGACUUUUACACCAAGUCAGCGAAAUCAUAUUACAUCAAACGAUUUAGAAAUAUAAUUGCCAAAGUGAUUGCUGUUAUUUUUCCGAAGAACACCGAGGAAAUAGUAAAGAGUCUCACUGUGUCUGACGAGAAUCCAAAUGUUUCACCCAGCAUUAUACCUGAGGGUAGUUUUGGACCACUUAUCCAUGCAUAUCAAACUUCAGAAACAUGGCGCCACAGACGACAAAUUCUCUCUUUUUUUACGCAAACAUUAUCAUUCAAAGAGGCCAAAUCCCUUUUACCAGAUGUAACAGAAUCAAAGUAUUAUGCUGCAAAGAAUCAUGCAAAGAGUGUUGGCCCUGGUCUUCCGGUGAAUAUCACUUCUACAAGAAAAAGAAUGGAUCCUGUGAAGUUGGACAGCUUCCUUGAUUUUAUCACCUCCCCUCAUGUUAUUUGUGAUCUACCGUAUGGAGAAAGAAAAAUCAAAUUAUCAGAUGGAACAACUUAUGAAAUGCCAAAUGUGAUUCGUUGCAUGGGAUCCAGUGAUGUUAUUCAACAGUAUAAAGGAUAUUGCUCUGAAAAUAACAUUUCACCUCUUGGUGACAGCACAAUGUAUAGGAUACUGUCUGAGUGUGGAGCACAAAUAAGAACCAGUCUUGAGGGCGUUGACUACUUCAUUGCUGAGGGAGGUCGAGCAUUUCGUACUAUUUUGGACACUUUGGAGGACCUCCUGAAAUACCAGCUACUAAACCAACAUGAGAAAAAAGACUUCAGUGCCUUAUUUCUCCAAUGUAAACAGUAUCUACGUGCAGAUUUCAAGACACACAUCUCCCCAGACAGCAAAGUUGCGGACCAUUGCCAGACCUAUGCCCUCAGUGAUCCACUUCAUCCUGAAUUUGCUGCCACCUGCCAACAUCCACAUGAUCUAGUUUGUGUGACCUGUGAACAAAUGAAGGAUGCAAUUUCUUCUUUGAUGAAGACCAUCCAGUGUUCCAACAAUCAUGGCUUGAUGGAUUUUCUGAGUGAUUUACUUUUCAAACUCCAAAAUGCUACUCGAAGUAUCACAAACCUGAAACGCCAUCUUAUUCGGUGCAGAAACCAGGAUGUAGCAAAGUCUGAUCUCUUUAACACAAUGCAGUCCAAUGAAGUGCUUUUGAUAUGUGAUUGGUCAAUGAAAUAUUUACCAAGAAAAUACAGGGAAGACCAGAGUGAUUGGUUCGGGAAAAGGGGUCUACCUUGGCACAUAACAAUGGCUUUCCACAAGACAGAAACUUGCAUUGAGAGUGUAGGCUUUGUUCAUAUAUUUCAGAGCCAGAUAUCACAGGACAGCAUGACAACAGCAGCCAUCAUCAUUGAUGUAAUGGACAACAUUCAGUCAAUUGAUGCAUCAAUUUCAUCUUUCCAUCUCUGGUCUGACAAUGCAGGCUGCUAUAAGUCUACAGAGAUGAUGGCUGUCCUCAAGUCUUAUGGCAAGGUCCGCUCCUUCAACUUCUGCGAAGCACAAAACGGCAAGGGCCCCUGUGACAGGACUGGAGCAACUUUGAAGGCAGCUAUCCGCCGCUUUGUAAAUCAGGGACAUGAUGUUCUAACAGCACAUUCAAUGAAAGAGGCAAUUGAGAAAACGGCGAAGAAUGUGAAGUACAGGGUUAGUGUUUCAGAAAUUGCUUCACAGAAGACAUCAUUCAAGCCCAUACCUGCCAUUAGCUCUUAUUCCAACUUUGCAUUUGAGGAAGGGGGCUUACGUGUUUGGAAAGCAUAUGGUAUUGGCUCAGGCUUAUUAGUCCCAAAUGCUGCCAUUCCCAGAAUUACUCCAAUGCCUUUAACAACUUUGGAGAAACCAGAGGAUGUCGGUUUUCAUAUUGUAAAAACCAACAGCAUAACCCCAAAGCCAGAGACCUUUCAGUGUCCAAAUGAGGGAUGUGUUGCAGCGUUUAAUUCAACAGAUGAGUUAUCCAACCACCUCUUAAUUGGAAAAUGUAGCCUUGAAUUGGAACUGAGUUCCAGCUCCAUAUCUGAUAUUACCAAAACAAAAUACAUCAAGAAAAUAACCAGUUCUGAACAGCUAAGCUUGAAAUUAUCUUUGACUGCAGACACAGAGAUACGGACCUCAGAGAGUGAUUUGACUUUAGGUUGGGCUCUGAAAGAAGAGAGAUGUUCAAAGAGAUUUAAUGAAAAUCAGCGAGAGUUUUUGCUCCAAAAAUUUAAUGUUGGACUCCAAACUGGAAAAAAGGAGGAUCCCUUUCUACUUUCUGAGUCUAUGAUGUAUGAAAGAAGAGCAGAUGGUACAAGGCGCUUUUCGUAUGAAGAGAUUCUCUCCGUGCAGCAAAUAACAUCUUUUUUCUCCAGAAUGAGCAGGAAAAACAAGAUAACAGAAAAUGAUGAUUGGGAAGCCAAAAAAGAAACUGAAAUAAGUAAAAUCAGAGGGAAGAUUAUUGAUGAAUAAUUCAUCAAACAAAAUAAGAUUUGUUUUCAUCAUGGUAACUGAUUUGUAUGCUGUAUUUCAUGGAUUAAGAAUUAUCAAGUACUUUUGUUUGUAUGUAUCAUUUAACAUUUGGUGAUGGACAUGAUUUUGUGAGUCUCAAAAACAAAAAUGAAACCCCCAUGAAAAUUUGUGAUUUCACAGUAAUGCAGAUUGAAAUAUUUAUAUGAAUUAUAUUUGUUUACUAUGUAAUAGUCUAUAUUUUGAAUACUUCACUUUCAUAUUGUACAACUGUUAAAUUCACUUUCUUUAAAAAUCAUUUCUCUACAUCAAAAGUGUAUAUGAAGAAACAAAAUCAUGUUUGAUUUUCGUAUAGUGCAUUGCUUUCAAUACUCUUCAAAUGAUCAAAUCAUUUUUUACAGUAUUUCAAUAAUGUAGUAUCUUAAAUAAAAUAUAAUUUGUGUAUAAAGUUCAUCUCAUUGAAUGUAUAUGUUCAUCUUAUUCCUGUGUGUCACACAUUAUCAAUUGCAUGUUGAAUUUUCAUAAAACUGACAGAAAAAUGAAAGUUGAUGUUAAUGUGACUUUACUUGUAUUAUUAUGGCUUAAAUUCCUGAAAAUAUGAGUCAUCAAACAGUUGUUAACCCCUAGUCUUUUUUUCAUUAACAGCUAAAUAUGUUUGUGAAACACUGAUCCCCCUAUGGCAGGUAAUAUUGAUGGUUGAAUAACUUGAAUUUUCAAAUGCAUAACAAACUCCAAGAAUAGGUCUUUUCACAAGGAACACAUAGACUAGUUCUAACUGUGAAAAAGUUAUGACUUUGGCUAUGGUUAAAGUUAAAGUGGUUUAAGCUCUAAGGUCAAGGUAAAAAUGUCUAAUAUUUAUGUCCAUUGAAAGUUCAUGUCACAAUGAAUACACAUAUGAAGAAUAAAAGCCCUAGCACCAACUGUUCAAAUGUUAUGGCAAAGGUUAAAGUGUGAUAAUUUUUUGUAAAAGUGGGUCAAAUAUCAAGUUCAAGAGGUCAAAUUGGAUGGUACCCACAGAAAGGUCUUGUCACAAGGAAUUGAUAGAUUUCGGUAGACCUAAAUUAAAAAAAGU